CCUCCCUCUUCAACUUUCAGCGGCUUCCAUGUUAAUCAGGUUUUACAUGAUUGCUGCUGUGUGAACAAAUGUCAGCUCCGACUGGCAAGGUGCAAUACUGCCCAGCAUGUGAGGCCUGUAGCUAAUUGGAGCCCUGUAGCAUGGUACACCAGAAUUACGACAGAGAUCGGGGAGUAAAUACACAUGAAAUGGAUAACCGAUUAUCACAUGAGAAUGGCCCGUUGGCAGGAACUGUGGGCAAAGACGUGUGCAAUGACUAUAAUGAUAAAGGAAUGCAAGCAAGUACACCGAAAGUAUCUUGGACUGGCACAUGUGCUCAGGAUACAAGUUCCCCACUUCUGUCUGGAGACACUGUGUUUAUAAUUCCUACACCUCUCACCCGGGAUAAUGGAUCAGCCAUGUCCCCCAGAGAAGAGGUCAAAGGUGAGAGUUGGGAGAGGACCCGUUCAGAGAGGAAGACUAGCAGAGGCAGCAGAAGAGUGUUGCCCACCCCAUCACUGGUGUCCUCCUUCGACCUCAACGGCAAUGAAGAGCUUCCCACAGACAGGACCGAUACAUCUGAUGCAGCAGAAGAAGCUGAAGAGAGAACCUCGUGCAGUGAUCUCCAGGGUAAACUUUACAUUAAUAGAGUAUUCAACAUGAAUGCAGACAAGAUGUUUGAGCUUCUCUUCACCGACUCUCACUUUCUACGGAAAUUUGCAAAUGCAAGAAAAAUUACAGAUCUUGUUGUUGGUCGAUGGGAGAAAGACAUGAAUGGUUACCAGACAAGGACACUAAAAUAUGUGAUAACUAUCUCAAACCCUCUAAUCGGCAAGUUUUCAACAGCAACUGAGAACCAGGCCAUGUCCAAAGACAGCCAGACUGGUCAAUACUACCGGAUCGAUGCUGAGGUUACCACACAUGAUGUGCCUUACCAUGACUACUUCUAUACGCACAACCGGUACUGCAUUAUUAAGACGUCAAAACGCAAGUGUAGACUCAGAGUUUCCACAGAUGUCUGUUACAGGAAGCAACCAUGGGGUCUGGUGAAGACAUUCAUACAGAAAAACUCCUGGAGCGGAUUGGAAGACUACUUCAAGCACUUAGAAUCUGACCUGCUGACUGAAGAGGUCUUGCACAACCCUGUCUCUGCUGACCCAGGUCAGCCUGGACUUCGGAGAAGGCGCCGAGGAUUUGGCCGGGGUCUCACUGACCAGUUUGGCAGCUUAUCUCCAAACCUGGAUGCUAGCACACGAGAAGGCUACACAGAUAAAGGAAAUAAUUUGGAAAACAAACCAGCAAAUCAGAAUCAGAAACUGUCGAAGCUUGUGUUGAUCAUGAGUGCUAUUCUCGUUAUCCUAGCUGCCUUGAACAUGGGUCUAUUUUUUAAACUUUUGGAUGUAGAAGAUGUGGCCCAAAAGGUCUAUUUGUCGAACAAGUUAAGGAUGUCAGAGGAUCUGAGCGUCAGUUUAGAUCAAGAGAUGGUAAAGCAGGAACCGAAGCACAAGAGUUUUGCCCAACAUCUACAACUGCAGGCAGUGAUCAACGAUUCCAUUGUACUACUUGAACAGUUGAAGAGUUCACUUGCAGCAAUUCAGAAGAAUUUUGAGCUGCACAAUCGGACAAUGAAGAGUACAAGUGAAAUCUGAACAAACACUUCAUCAGUGAAGAAGAAAGAAAAUUUAAAUAGACGUUCAUAUGGUGCAACUGAAUCCCACUGAGUACAACCCAGUAUAGGUGAUGGACUUGUAUCCGGGUACGAAUCAAACCCGCAACCUUAACUCAGGUUAUUGUGCUUCCAGAUCAGUAAAGCUGAUACCCAACGAUAUAAAGCACACAUAUUCUGCAUUAAAUGUAAAUUCUACUGAGCCAUUGUUAACUUUCAAUGGUAAUGAAUAUUUUGUGAAUUUCAGCCGAUUUAAAAAUCAGUGAUGUUCAAUUAUAGUACUUAAAUCACUACGUCAGCAGGACUUUAUAGCAACUUUAAUUUCUACCUGUUAACAAUUCCAAGACUUGUUUGGCUGUGGACAUUGCUAAACAUGACUUCUCCAUUUUCGUAAAUCUAUUUCAUUUUAUAUAAGAACUGACAUCCUGUUAUUGCACACAUGGCUGAAGCUUGUACAUAACGCAAAGUAAUUAAUUUGAUUGCUGCUUAAUUUGGAUUAAAUCCAACGCAAUUUUUGAAAGAAAUUCUCGAUUUUAAGAAAAAUCAUUGGUGGAUUUUUGAUGCAUAUUAUCCUACAGUAAAGCUAGAUUUAUGACUCCCUAAAACAAGUUUUUUUUAAUGAAAUAACAAGCAGCAUCAGUUGGGGAUAUUUUGCUAUAAUGUUUACAUUUUGGAACAUAAUUAUUGCACCUGUAUUCAAAAUAACUUUUAAUAAUUUCUAAUGAUGUUUGAAGAUUUAAAUAACUUUGCCUGCAAUUUUCUGCUGUAAUCUUUGGUCCCUUUACUUGCUGGGCAAUGGAUCGGGAGAAAUCCAUAGGAAUGUCAAACUGAUGCAUUAAUGACUUUUGGCCACUCCAAUGAACACUAUUUUUUACUCUCCAUAGUUUAAACCCAUGAAAGAUCACAAUGUCAAAACAUUUUCUGUAAUUAAGGAAUAAAGGAUUUUCAAGUAA